UAAUACAAGGCCCAAGGAAUUGGGCAUCCGUACAAAAAUCUCAAGAACCCCCCUUCUCUAACUUGAUUCCGGCUCCCCCUCUCUCGAUCUUCAUCUUCUCUGUCUUUCAGCCAUUUCCUCUCGCCAUACUCCCCCAAGCUCUCAACCACUCUCCCUCGCUCCCUCAUUCUUGAUUUCGCUCUGGUUUCUGAUUAACUUGCAAAACACACUCCCAAAGAGGCUUUUCCUUGUUUCCUUCUUUGUUUGACUCUGAUCCUAUGAUGUUGGAGUUGCACCAUUGAGAAUUUGAGAAAUUGGCGUUUUCUGGGUGGGAGAGACGAGCCUGCGUUGUUCAGUGUUUCAGCUCUCACUCUUUCAGCUAUAACGUUUUUCACAUGGGUUUUCGGGAUGUUCAUUGGAAAUCGCCAUUUUGAAUCAUUUUCAGAUACUGUCGUUCUUGUUGGGGUUGAAGGAAAUUUGGAUGCAACUCGAUUGCGGUUGAAAAACUAUGGAAAAUCCGGCUUCAACAUCGAUUUCUAGUCCCUCAACGCCCCCUUGGAACCUCGAGAGGCCCUUUCUCACUGGGCGUUUUCAUCAGGAAGCAAAAACCACUUCCCGUUUUGCUGAUUUAAAGUUGGAUUCUCUCAGCAGUGGGUGGCAGGAAAAGGCCAUAGGCUGUUAUGAUGCUGCAAUUCAGGAACUUAUUGUAAUUGAUGAUCUCCUCUCCGCCCUGCUUGGAAUUGAGGGACGCUAUAUUUCGAUUAAGAGGGUUCAUGGCAAAGAGGAUGAGGUUUCUUUCCAGGUUGAUGCAUCUAUGGAUUUGGCUCUUCAGGAAUUGGCAAAAAGAAUAUUUCCUCUGUGUGAGAGCUUUCUGUUCAUUAAUCAGUUUGUUGAAUCAAGAUCUCAGUUCAAGAAGGGCUUAGUUAAUCACGCCUUUGCUGCUGCGCUUAGAGCUCUCCUUCUAGAUUACCAAGCAAUGGUAGCCCAGCUUGAGCAUCAGUUUCGACUGGGUAGACUUUCCAUCCAAGGAUUGUGGUUUUACUGUCAGCCUAUGAUGGGUUCCAUGCAAGCAUUAUCUGCUGUGACAUGGAAGGUUUCAGCUAAUGAUAUUGCAGGUUCUGCAGUUCUUAACCUCUUGCAGAGCCAGGCCAAGGCUAUGGCUGGUGAUAAUGCAGUGAGGUCUUUGCUGGAGAAGAUGACACAGUGUGCAAGCAAUGCUUACCUUGGUAUAUUAGAAAGAUGGAUUUACGAGGGAGUAAUUGAUGAUCCUUAUGGUGAAUUUUUCAUUGCGGAAAACAAAUCUCUGCGGAAGGAGAGCCUCAAUCAAGAUUAUGACACAAAGUAUUGGAGGCAACGCUAUAGUCUCAAGGAGGGAAUUCCUACAUUUCUUGCAAAUAUAGCAGGGAUGAUAUUGACCACAGGAAAAUAUUUAAAUGUCAUGAGAGAGUGCGGGCAUAAUGUUCAGCUACCUGUUUCAGAAACUUUGAAGUUAAUGAGCUUUGGCUCAAAUCAUCAGUAUUUGGAGAGUAUAAAAGCUGCUUAUGAUUUUUCCAGCAGUGAACUAUUGAAACUUGUUUUAGAAAAGUAUGACCUGAUGGGGAAGCUGAGGUCAAUUAAGCAUUACCUUUUGCUUGAUCAGGGUGAUUUCUUGGUUCAUUUUAUGGACAUUGCUCGAGAUGAACUUUCAAAAAAGCUUGAUGAGAUUUCGGUAGAGAAGUUACAGUCCCUACUUGAUGUUGCCUUACGCACCACAGCAGCUGCAGCAGAUCCUUGUCACGAGGAUUUAACAUGUUGUGUGGAAAGAAUGUCAUUGCCUAAAAGCUUGCGUGCACUUAAGGAUUUAGUUGACAGUAGGACUCUUACUGACAUCAAUGAUCAGGAAGAACCCAUGGGUAUUACUGGCCUCGAGGCAUUUUCUUUAAGUUACAAGGUUAGAUGGCCAUUGUCUAUAGUUAUAUCAUGGAAAUCUCUGUCGAAGUACCAGCUGAUUUUCCGCUUUCUUUUCCACUGUAAGCAUGUGGAACGUCAGCUUUGUGGGGCAUGGCAAGUGCAUCAAGGGGUUCGUUCGCUGAACAUCCGUGGUACAUCCAUCUCAAGAUCAUCCCUACUUUGUCGUGCGAUGCUUAAAUUUAUUAAUAGCCUUCUACACUACUUGACCUUUGAGGUUCUUGAACCCAAUUGGCAUAUAAUGCACAACCGGAUUCAGACAGCAAAGAGCAUUGAUGAGGUUAUCCAACAUCACGAUUUCUUCCUCGACAAGUGUCUCCGAGAAUGUUUGCUUCUGUUGCCACAGUUGCUUAAGAAAGUGGAGAAGUUGAAAUUGUUAUGUCUGCAAUAUGCAGCAGCUGCUCAGUGGUUGAUUUCAUCCUCCAUUGAUCCAUGUAAGUCGGAGGAAUCAUCCGAUAGCUUGAUUGGUUCCAAAAAAUCCAAGCAGUGUUAUGGAAAAACGGCCAAGGGAGCAAAGCUAACCACCUCCAACUUAGCAGUCACCGAGUCGAUCCUUAAAUUUGAGAAAGAAUUCAACUCUGAGCUUCAGAGUUUGGGACCAAUUUUGUGUAAAAGCUCCCAGGCUGAGCCAUACUUGACUCACCUUGCUCAGUGGAUUCUUGGCAUUGAAAUGACAAAUAGGUUCUGAAUUUCUUCCUUCCUUGUAACUUUGCAGAAUUUCUAUAUUAUUAUUGUCACAGUUCUCAGUACUUCUGUAUCAGGGAUGUGGUUCUUUGUGAGUUCCUUGGAAAGUUUAGUUGUUUCUUGUAUGUGCUGCAGUUGAGGAUUAUCAAUGUUGGCUUCUCCUUUCCCUUCAUGCUUUA